CAAAUCUGCUCGCCAUUUUUCCAGAGGAAAAUUUGUGUGAUUCUUCAGGAAGCAGAAACGGAACGAAGAAGCAGUGGAAGUGGAGAAAGCAUGAGCUACAGAAGGGAGCAUCGUGCUUCGAGAUCAGCCCUGUUUGAUGGACUUGAUAGCCUUGAGGAGGGUGGUCUCAGGGCCUCCAGUUCAUACCCUGGUGAAGUUAGAGAGCGUGACAACGACAAAGCUAUGGAUAGUUAGCAGGACCGAGUUUCUUUUCUCAAAAGAUUAACAGGUGAUAUACAUGAGGAGGUGGAGAGUCACAAUCGUUUGCUUGACAAAAUGGGCAACAACAUGGAUACAACAAGAGGUGUAAUGUCAGGCACCAUGGAUCAGUUCAAGAAGGUAUUUGCAAAGAAAUCCAACCGUAGAAUGUGUACUCUUGUGACAAGUUUCAUUGUUGGGUUUAUAGUUUUAUACUAUCUCAUUAGGAUUCUCGGGUAUGUACAUGGUUGAAAGUUCUUGAAGUUAGUCCUUAUACACGAUUGAAGCAUAAAUCGAGCAUACUAGGGGAUUCAAAGCCCUUAAUUUACCUCUUCUUUUUUUUUUUAGAAUAUGGUACAGAACUGAAGCUUUUUUACUUUCUGCUAACAUAUUUGCUCGACACUAAGUUGAAAGGCAAAUUGGUUCCUAGGGACUGAAGGUUGUGAACGCUGUAAUUGUUUGACCCCUCAAAAAGGAGAAGUGUAAGAAAAAGAGAGGGAAAAAGUAUGAUUAUAUAAUGAAAGUGUAAGAAAAAUGAGACUAUUUU